AAAAUAACGGGUAGAUAAAAUAGAAAAUAGUUAUAUACAAGAAGAGCAUUUUGAUUUUAUUUUUCUUUUGUAUUGACACACGUAGAAUCGGUAAAAGAAUAAAAAGUUAAUUUGGGAUCAUUUGGCAUAUAUGUUGAGCUUGCUUGCAGCCUCUCAUCUCACUCGACUCGACUGUGUUUGCCUGCUCUUCCCCGUCUCCUCCUCCCUCCCUCCCGCCCGCGCGCCCACCACAAUCCGCCGCCGCCGUCCUGCUGCUCCCGCUCAUCCUCACCGGAGGAGUGAGAUGGACGAGGUUGUCUCCGCUUCCGCGGAUGCCGCGCGAGACGAGACUGUGUGUGUGUACAUAUGGGACAUGGACGAGACGCUUAUUCUGCUCAAGUCACUGCUGGAUGGCUCUUACGCCGGGGCCUUUGAUGGCCUCAAGGACCCUGAUAAGAGCAUUGACAUAGGGAAGAGGUGGGAGAAUCUCAUUCUCGAGCUCUGCGACGAGCACUUCUUCUAUGAGGAGAUUGAGAACUACAACGAACCCUUUCUAAGUGCUGUCAAAGAAUAUGAUGAUGGAAAAGAUUUGACAACAUAUGAUUUUGAAGCUGACUGCUUUAGUUCGCCUUAUGAUGAUCUGAAUAAAAGGAAGCUUGCUUACAGGCACCGUACUAUUGGAGAGAAGUAUACAAAGGGGUUGGAAAAAAUUCUGGACAACCACAUGAUCAAAGUCUGGAAUGAUUUGUAUAGUGCGACGGACAAAUACACUGAUGGUUGGCUUUCUUCAGCUCAUAAGUUGUUGGAAGAAGCAAUGGGUAAAUCAACAGUUGAGCCCACCGGCAAACAUGCAAGCAUCAAUUGCAUAGUUACAUCAGGAUCCCUGAUUCCAAGCCUUGCCAAAUGUUUGCUCUAUCGUCUCGAUGACGUGGUCGCAUUUGAGAAUGUCUACAGCUCCUGGGAAGUUGGGAAGCUGCAGUGCUUCAAAUGGAUCAAGGAGCGCUUUGAUGGUCCAAACGUCCGCUUCUGUGCCAUCGGAGACGGGCACGAAGAAUGCAGCGCUGCGCAGAUAAUGAAGUGGCCGUUCGUGAAGAUCGAGUUCCGCCCUGACGCCCCCCAUAGGUUCCCUGGACUGAACCUCCCAACCAUCCAUCGUGUGAUGGCUGCCGUUUAUGAUUCAUCAAGCAAUGAUGGUUGACCAACAGCCCCGUUGGUCCCCCUGUUUACCUCCGUCCUCCAAUAUAUGCCGGGCAUUUGCCAAUCGCCAUGGCCAUGGAGACCUUAUUUAAGGGAGAGAAGAAAAAAAAACUGUAAGCAGAGAGAGGGAGAGGGAGAGAGAUGUGAUGGGAAGGCAUAUUGCUGACCCUGGCUGGCUGGAGAAUCAGGAGGCUGGUGUGUGAUAAAUAAAGCGUCCGACUAGUUCCGGCAUCA